AUGGCCACCAUGACCAUGACCACCGAGUCCAAGACUAAACAUAGUAAGGUCCCCAAGGGAGUCAAGCUCGCUCCCGAAAGCGAGAGGUAUCUUAGAGCCUGCUCGGAUGUGGCGAACGCAUUAGUCGAAGACUACGAGAGUCAACUGGAUGGCAAGAAACCCAAGAAGGACCUGAACCUCAACACGCUACGCAACAACAUUGCCAAAAAGCACUUCCUCAGCAACACUCCACCCCUCACCGCCAUUAUCAAUGCCGUCCCCGAGCACUACAAGAAAUACAUCUUGCCACGCCUGAUCGCAAAGCCCAUCCGAAGUGCUUCUGGUAUCGCCGUCGUCGCUGUCAUGUGCAAGCCGCACAGAUGUCCGCAUAUCUCAUACACUGGCAACAUUUGUGUUUAUUGUCCUGGAGGUCCUGAUUCCGAUUUUGAGUACUCAACCCAAUCCUACACCGGCUACGAACCUACUUCGAUGCGUGCCAUCCGCGCGAGAUACGACCCUUUUGAACAAGCAAGAGGAAGAGUCGAUCAGAUCAAAUCUCUGGGUCACUCUGUUGACAAGGUUGAAUACAUUAUCAUGGGUGGUACCUUCAUGUCGCUUCCAGUCAGCUACAGAGAAGAGUUCAUAUCCCAACUACACAAUGCCCUCAGUGGUUUCCAGGCGACCAACGUCGAUGAGGCUGUCUUGGCUGGUGAGAUGAGCAGCACAAAAUGCGUUGGUAUCACCAUUGAGACGAGACCCGACUACUGCUUGGACCAACACCUGAGCGAUAUGCUGCGUUAUGGAUGUACCCGUCUAGAGAUUGGUGUCCAGUCCUUGUACGAGGAUGUCGCGCGUGAUACCAACAGAGGCCACACAGUAGCAGCAGUCGCAGAGACAUUCAAAUUGGCAAAGGAUGCAGGCUUCAAGGUCGUAAGUCAUAUGAUGCCUGACCUGCCCAAUGUUGGCAUGGAGAGAGAUCUGGAUCAGUUCAGAGAGUACUUUGAGAACCCUGCUUUCAGAACCGACGGUCUCAAAAUUUACCCUACAUUGGUCAUUCGAGGAACUGGACUGUACGAGCUCUGGAGAACGGGUCGCUACAAGAACUACACACCCAAUGCGCUGAUCGAUCUGGUUGCUCGCAUCCUAGCCCUGGUACCGCCAUGGACCCGUAUCUAUCGUGUACAGCGUGAUAUUCCCAUGCCUCUUGUUACAUCAGGCGUUGAGAACGGCAACUUACGCGAGCUGGCUUUGUCUCGUAUGAAGGACUUUGGCACCACAUGUCGUGAUGUCCGUACUCGCGAGGUUGGUAUCAACGAGGUCAAAAACAAGAUUCGACCCUCGCAAGUCGAAUUGGUCCGCCGAGACUACACAGCAAAUGGUGGAUGGGAAACCUUCCUGGCUUACGAGGACCCUAAGCAAGAUAUCCUGAUUGGUUUGUUACGUCUACGCAAAUGCAGCUCAACGCACACGUUCCGACCAGAGCUCACUGGACAGCCGACGAGUUUGGUGCGUGAGCUACAUGUGUACGGCUCGGCAGUGCCGGUGCAUGGGCGCGAUCCCAGAAAGUUCCAACACCAAGGUUACGGUACGCUAUUGAUGGAAGAGGCUGAGAGAAUCGCGCGUGACGAGCAUGGUAGUGAGAAACUCAGCAUCAUUUCAGGUGUGGGAGUACGCAGCUACUACGCCAAGCUCGGAUAUUGGCUCGACGGACCGUACAUGAGCAAAUGGCUGAAGCCCAAGGAUGACGAAGAGAGUGACGAUGGAUUCUGA